AAGAAUACAAGAGAGGUAAAUGACAAAGAUUCUUCACCAGUACUGCCUUGAGGAUUGAAUGUGGGCCAGACCAACCCACCAGAACCGAAUAUCUAGCAAGGUGGGUAUCACUGUAAAGGAUGAAAAUGAGGAGAUUUGGCCAGAGAAAUAUUGGACAGAUUUCUUCCCAAAAGUUUCCCCUGAGGAAUGGAUGCAGCUUGCUCAAGAUAUUAGGCCAUCCCGUUCUCGUCCCGCUCCAGGCUCUGCUGGAGGUUCCGCUCAAUCUCCCGCUCGAGACCCUAGUUCAUCGUUCACUGGCAACCACAUUAUGUCUUCUCACGGAUAUUCCACCGGCUAUGACAACGAGGCGAAUCCCGAAGGUGCAUGACCCCAUUUCAGUCAGUGGGAGCGAGUCAUUGGAUGUUUGCUCACUGGCCACCUACACAUUCUUCGUCCUAGAUUUCUGGUCUGGUUCCUGUCUCUCCUUUUUCUUCCUGGGCCUGGAUUCUAGGGCUGCAUGUUUAUUGUUUGUGUUUGGUCUUGGGCUUUGUCUCUGGGGGUUCAUGGCUGUUCAGAUAUCACAUCCACAGUCCUCAUGUUAGGUGUCGGGUCUAGGUUGCUUGUCUGCAUUCUGAUUGCUGGGUUUACAGUCUGGGCUCAUUGGUUUACCGAUUCUGUAUGGUCUCCGGCUUCUUUCUUGUC